CGUCAUCAACCAGGGCCGUUUUUGCGUUGUUUACAGCUAAAUAUUGUCGCUUGAAUUUAACCUAACGAUUUUGGACAUCGAAUAGAUUGAGAAAAAUAUAUAAAAUAAAAUUAAAGACACAUACAGUUUCGAAAACUCCCGGAUACGCAUGCGUUAUACAUUUUGCACGGUGCGGGCUUCACGAUUGCGGCUGCUGCGGCUUUGUACUGUUUUAAUCAAUGGCAGCGUCAUGUAUUUUUAGCAUAUUGUUUUAGGCUGUAUGUUGAUGCAAGUGUGCAAUAUAAGGUAAAAAAGGUAUAAUAGAGCUUGAACGAACCGAUCCCUAGGGAAGUCAAACAAGCUUCCGUUUUUUUUUUUAAUUUCCUCAUUUUGACAGUACGAGGAUUUCACCCACCCGGCUAAAACAUUUGAGUUAUUUCAAUAAAUAUGACGGUCUUAAUCACUGCGUUUCUCCUCGUUUGCCUGCUGUCCAUCCGCAUCACCGAAGCAAAAUACGAACCCAACUGGGAGUCCAUCGACUCCAGGCCACUGCCGGAGUGGUACGACCAAGCCAAGUUUGGCAUCUUCAUCCACUGGGGGGUCUUCUCCGUGCCAAGCUUCGGUAGCGAGUGGUUCUGGUGGUACUGGCAGGGGCAAAAGCUGCAGUCCUAUGUGGCCUUCAUGCAGAAGAAUUACCCACCGGACUUCAUGUAUCAAGACUUUGCACCCCACUUCACCGCAGAGUUCUUUGACGCCAAAGAAUGGACAGACAUCUUUGCCGCAUCGGGAGCCAAGUACAUCGUCUUGACCACAAAACACCAUGAAGGUUUCACAUUGUGGGGCUCUAAGACCUCGUGGAACUGGAACGCCGUGGACUUGGGCCCCAAGCGCGACCUGGUGGCGGAGUUGGCCAGCGCCGUGCACACUCACAGCGACCUGCGCCUGGGUCUGUACCACUCGCUUUUUGAGUGGUUUCAUCCGUUAUUUCUGCAGGACGCUGCCAACCACUUCACCACCAAUAGCUUUGCUGUCACCAAGAGUCUUCCCGAACUUUAUGAUCUGGUCCUGACGUACAAGCCCGACGUGCUGUGGUCGGACGGAGACGGGGAUGCGCCAGACAAAUACUGGAACAGCACUGGAUUCCUAGCCUGGCUCUACAAUGACAGUCCAGUGCGGGACACGGUGGUGACCAACGACCGCUGGGGCUCGGGCUCCAUCUGCAAACACGGCGGCUACUACACCUGUGCCGAUCGCUACCAGCCGGGUCACCUGCUGCCGCACAAGUGGGAGAACUGCAUGACCAUCGACACCAAGUCGUGGGGCUACAGGCGCAACGCCCCGCUCGCCGACUACCUCACCAUCGAGGAGAUUGUGGCGACGUUGGUGGAGACAGUGUCCUGCGGCGGCAACUUGCUGAUGAACGUGGGCCCCACGGCGGACGGGAGGAUCACACCCAUCUUCGAGGAGCGCCUCCGUCAGAUUGGUCGCUGGCUAGGAGUGAACGGCGAGGGGAUCUACAACAGCAGCGCCUGGCGGGCUCAGAAUGACACCGUCACAUCCGCCGUCUGGUACACGUCCAGACCGCAGCAGAACACCGUGUUUGCCUUUUUUCUUGUGUGGCCGACUGAUGGAAUUUUAGUCCUCGGCGAACCUGAGGUCACACCGGGCCACACUCAGGUGGCGCUCUUGGGUCACGGGCCCGUGAAGUGGGUGCCUGCAACGCCCCACGGUCUCCGGGUCUUCCUACCUCAGCUGUCCAUCAGCCAGAUGCCAUGCCAGUGGGCCUGGACCCUCAAGCUGACAGGUGCCAAAUGAACAAGAAGACGACGACAAAGAUUCAAAAUUUUAGAUGCACAGAACUGCUUAAUUAAACUCCUUACCGCAAGGAGAUGAAAAUGCUGCGUCGGGUGAAUUACCUUUUUUUUUUUAAACAAUUUUAAAUAAAAGCUGGAAAUCUA